AUCGGCUAUGAUUCGACUAAAAUCUACUUUUAUCGGCAUAGGCGCGGGGUUGGCAAGGUAUAUUCAAGGAUGGGGUCGUUCUGCAGAUCAAGACUUCUCUCUCUUUUCUGGUACAGAAAAGGACUCGUGCUAUUAUAGCCACAAGAGGAUUUUAUUGGCUUGUUGGACAAUUCUCUGCCAAGUUAGGACAAUGGCUCCUGGUUCGAUUGAUCCCGAGCCUCUGCCUUGGCAGUCGACAGUUCAGCGUAAGAAACAACAACAAAACGACAUUUUAUCCAAGGCUUUGCUCGAACUUGAGAAUGACACAAAGUUACAAGAUGUCGAUAUCGACAAUCUUGCCAAUGCAACCCAGACUUUGAGCCUGAUAUCAAAAGGGCAGCUGACAUGCAAAACGGUUGUGCAAGGAUUGGUACAAAGGGCGAUCCUGGUCCAUCAACAGACCAACUGUCUGACAGAAGUUGCUUUCGAAAAUGCUUUUCAACAAGCUGAAGAGCUUGAUACUUACAUGAUCAGCAACAAACAGCCGAUAGGACCUCUACAUGGCGUCGUAGUUACUCUCAAGGACCAGUUCAAUAUCAAGGGCUACGAUAGCACUCUAGGUUAUGUUGGACGGUCCUUUGAUCCAGCUCGUGACGAUGCCGUACUGGUAAAGAUGCUCAAAUCACUAGGGGCUAUCGUUCUCGCAAAGUCGAACUUGCCUCAAAGCAUCAUGUGGUGCGAGACAGAGAAUCCCCUAUGGGGAUUGACUACCAAUCCCAUGAGCAAGGACUACACACCAGGUGGCUCUACAGGUGGUGAAGCCGUCCUAAUUUCUUGUGGUGCCUCUAUGCUCGGAUGGGGUACGGAUGUUGGUGGGAGCAUUCGCAUCCCAAGUCACAUGAUGGGCAUAUAUGGAUUGAAGCCGAGUAGCGCAAGACUACCUUACCAAGGCGUUCCUGUUUCCACAGAGGGACAAGAACAUGUCCCAUCGUCAAUUGGUCCAAUGGCACGAGACUUUGGCAUGAUCAAAUAUGCCAUGCACAGCCUAAUCGAGUCAAACCCAUGGGAUCAUGAUGCACGCUGUGCUCCGCUUCCUUGGCGAGGCCAUUUAUACGAAGAAAUGCAUAGCCGCCCACUUACUAUCGGUGUUCUGAUGGACGAUGGGGUUGUUCGUCCCCAUCCACCGAUAACCCGAGCCUUGCAAGAUGCAGUUGAAGCUUUGAAGCUGGAAGGUCACGAGAUUGUGGAGUGGAAUACUGAACUUCAUGAGCAGUGUAUAAGAACUAUGGAUAUGUUUUAUACCGCUGAUGGUGGUGAGGAUAUCCGUCAAGAUGUAUCAAAGGCUGGAGAACCAUUCAUUUCUCACGUGAAGCGACUUGUCAACCGCGGCAAAGCAAUUUCGGUGUACGAAUAUUGGAAGCUCAACAAGAAGAAGUGGGAUCUUCAGCAGGGUUACCUGGAGAAGUGGAAUUCGAUCCGGUCCGCCACUGGCAGAAAGGCCGACGUCCUUCUCAUGCCCACCAUGCCUCACACCGCUGUUCGACAUGGUGGAUGCGGUUGGGUUGGCUAUACGAAGGUAUGGAAUGUCCUUGACUAUACCGCGAUGGUGAUACCUGGCGGUACAAUAAAGCCAGGGGAUGUUGACAUACCGUUCUCGUAUCCUGCUCGAGAAGCUGAGGAUGAAUGGAACCAGGGGCUCUGGAACAAGGAUAAAGACGAGAUGGCUGCGAUGAAUCUCCCAAUUGGGCUGCAAAUCGUCGGACGGAAACUUGAAGAGGAGAAAGUGCUUGGGGCUGCGGAGGUAAUUGAUCGCGUUGUGAAAAAGCUGCUGCAACCCCGAUACUCUCAGUCAUUAACAUAGACUUGGUAGCCUUAGUUAGAAGCAGAUCAUGCACCGAAGCGAGUUAAUAACAGAGGAGGCAUACAGGUUAGUUGGAGGAAUAUAUCUUCUGUGUGGCAUCUAGAACAUUUGAAGUUUUAAUCUUAGACUUCCCUUUUUGAG